CGAUUCGUUCCACCGAAUCGAAAUAAAUGUACUCGCAAUCAGUAUCGAGUUCGAGUGACAACCGUGAAUUUCUCUGUUUUAGGUAUCGGCCAGGCUCCAUUCUGCAGAAUGCUGACGACAGCUGCUGUUUAUAUAAUUUAAAUAGAUGUUACAGACUGUCCAGGAUGGACGUAAUCGCUUGCAAUCACCGUCACAAGAUCGCGAGCGUCGAGUACAGCGUGGAUGGCGGUGACCUCGAGAGCCAGAACGAGGACGAAGACGAGGAGAUCCCGCCGUUCAUCGAUAUCGAUCAACCAGUGCUAACGCUCGGCCGAUUUCCCGAUGCCGAUGGCGACAACAAGACACCGAUCGGCGACGACAUACCGCUGAGGCGAAGUCUGUUCUCGAACGUGGCGCCGUACAUCGCGUUCCAGUCGUUUGACUGCAACGAACCGCCGAUCAUGCCACACGAAGUAACCAAAUACCUCAAGUGGCAUCUCAGCACGAUCACGCCAUUAAUCGUACGUCGUACAUUGAUCAACUCAGGUUUUCAACUGAUGAAGAGAUGCCAGGAGUGGUGCGGCACCUGGGGCAAGCACAUGAAGUCCUCGUGCUUCAGAACGCUGAAGGAGUCGCAGAAGAUCAACCAUUUCCCGGGGACGUUCCAGAUCGGGCGGAAGGACUGCCUCUGGUUGAAUUUGAACCGGAUGAUGCUGAAGCACGAGGUGAAGGAGUUCGACUUCAUACCGAGGACGUACGUGCUGCCGCGGGAUCUCAGCUGUUUCCGUCAGGUGUGGAAAAAGGUCGGCAGCAAGGCCAAGUGGAUCGUUAAACCACCGGCGUCCGCCCGGGGUGCUGGGAUCAAGGUGGUUCACCGUUGGUCGCAGAUACCGCGGAAACGCGCGGUCAUCGUCCAGCAGUACCUGUCCAGGCCGAAGCUGAUCAGCGGCGCCAAGUUCGAUCUGCGCCUCUACGUCCUCGUCACAAGCUUCAACCCACUGAAGGUCUACAUAUACCCGGACGGAUUGGUCCGGUUCGCCUCGGUCAAGUACAACGACGACAUAAACUACCUCAGCGAUCGUUUCAUGCACCUAACCAACUACAGCAUCAACAAGACCAACUCCACGUACACCAGUAACGACUGCGUCGACUCGUGCACCGGUCACAAGUGGGCACUGAGAACGCUCUGGUCCUACCUGGAGAGGGAGCAAGUGGACGUCUCCAAGUUGUGGGCCACUGUGAAGGACAUCGUCGUCAAGACGAUGAUCGCCGGCGAGACGAACAUAACGCCCCUGACCAGGGUGAACACGUCGUCCCGUUACUGUUGCUACGAGCUGUUCGGCUUCGACAUCCUCCUCGACGAGAACCUGAAGCCCUGGCUACUCGAGGUGAACAUCUCGCCCUCGCUGCAAUCGUCAUCGACCCUGGACACUGCUAUCAAAGGGCCGUUGAUCAAGACUGUGUUCAAUGUAGCCGGCUAUCAACUGCCCAACACCUUGCCGGCCGAAGAGGCGAAAAAACUGGCGGACAAGUACCAAUUCGACGUGGUCUGUCAGGACUACAGGCUGCACAAGACCGUGCUCAGCUACCAGGAACGGGUGAAACAGUCGGUUUACACGAAUCUGAAGAAUCGGGAGGAGUAUCUGGAACUGAUAAUCAAGAACUUGACACCGGACGACGUCAGGCAGUUGAUCAUGUACGAGGACGAGCUGACGCAGCUGGAUCGUUUCGAAAAGAUCUUUCCAACGGCCGCCAGCUACCCGUACCUCCAGUACUUCGACGUCCCGAGGUACUACAACAUGUUGUUCGACGCUUGGGAGACGAAGUACGCAGGCAACAGGUCCGAGGGGAUCAUGAGAUUGGAGAAACUCUGCCAGCAAAAGUAUCACUUGGAGCAGCCGACCGUCUGUUAAUUAAUGUGUCGCGUUCCUCUUCACGGGACGCUGUUUUUCAUGUGAAACCGUUUCACUCGUCGACGGGGCAACGUGACGCGUUUCGGCGAAGAGGAAAAGGGAGAAACGA